AUGUAUGUGAAGAAAUGGUUGGACUUAAGACAGGGAUCAGGUGUUGGCCACAGGAAUAUGGAUGACAUUGUUGAGGGCACCUCUUUUCUGGCCAAUAUGGCCAACACUCACACCUAUCAACACGUGUUCAAUAAGAUGUUGUCAUCGCUUGAAUGGCACCCAAACGGCAAUCUCGUGGUCAUCGGUUCCCGAGGAGUGGCAGCCAAUCAGAUCCUUUUGGUCCAAAUCGUCGGUCGGCUCAACGAUUAUAUUGUCUGUGAUUUCGAUGAACGACUUGGAGGACAGAUAAGGGGUGUCAGCGAUGUCUUGGGAUGCGAUCAGUGGUUGUCUUUGCAUCAAAUUUCGCGAAAUAUAGUGAAGAAAUGGUUGGACUUAAGACAGGGAUCAGGUGUUGGCCACAGGAAUAUGGCUGACAUGCAACUCCCGUGGAGAAAAGACCGGGCUCCUCGAGACGUCUCGUGCGUCGACCACAACACCCGAACCGUACGGCUCUGCAGCCGAGGCGGUGGUCGCGGCCAACAGAUCACUGACAUUAAGUUCGACACAUUGGACACCAAUUGGUUCUUCACGUCAUCCACUUCUGGCAAAAUCAUGAAACAACGUCUCGACGGCACCGAAGAUAUCGCACUCAAGGAUUCCUACCUUUUCGAUGAGUUCUACUCGAGUUGUCGCUUUUCAUGUCUAGACAUCUGUUCCGAUCGUAAACUAUUGGUCGCCGGAGACAGUAAAGGAUGCAUUCAUUUGAUGCCUUCGUGCGAAUCCACCAAAACUGGUCUCAACGCCAGUUGUCUUCAGAUCCACGGCUCCAAUGUAUUGCACACAGAGUUUAAUAAAUUCAAUACAAACCUAUUCAUCACCGCAUCCAUCGAUUGCACCGCAAAGCUAUGGGACCCUAGCUUCAGUACGAAUCCAUUAGUGAGCGGACAAUACUAUGACAGACCGCAGGCCAUCGACGCGAUCGACGCCCGAACCGGUCUAAUCAUGUCGAGUAUCAGUGAUGGCAAUCCCGGUGUCAUAUCUAUAGCUCAGUUCAAUAACACGGGGGAUGUUGUGGCGGGCGUUAAGGGACAGAAUCUACUUAUAUUCGAAUCCAUUGCCAAAGAUUAA